CCGGAUAAAGGAAUCGGUUAGCGUAGUUUUUGAAGCUGAGCGUGACUAUGUAAAGCAGAGAAAUCCGAGUAACUGGCCUGGGGCAUAAAAGAAGAAACAAAACCGUACAAGAGGGCUCUUUAUCUUGAGCGAAAGAGCGAAGAGAAGUCGAGAGAAAGGAGAGCAAAAAUAUGCAGAAAGGAAAUCGCGCAACUCUAAUAUUACAAUCGGUUUUGGUAUUGUUUUUUGUUCUGAAUAAUUCAUCUGAAUGGAGCGUUCAAGCCCAGUCACUGCCGCCAGCAAAGUACGAUGGUUUUGUGUACAGGAGUCGGCCAGUUCACUCGGACACCAUCAUGGUCGAAGCGUUCUUCGACCCCGUCUGUCCUGAUAGCAGAGAUGCGUGGCCAUCUCUCAAACAAGCCCUUGAACACUAUGGCCCUCGCGUUUCCCUAGUCGUUCAUCUCUUGCCUUUGCCUUACCACGACAAUGCUUUUGCUACUUCUCGUGCUUUGCACAUUGUAAACGUGCUGAAUUCUUCCUCCACUUUCCACUUGUUGGAGUGGUUCUUCAAACAUCAGGAGAGAUUUUACAAUGCUCCGACAUUCAACAUGUCAAGGGCGUCUGUUGUGAAGGAAAUUGUCAAGUUUGCAGCUGAGGGAGUUGGAAACUCUUAUUUAUCUGCACUUAAAUCCGGCUUUACGAACAGAAAAACUGAUCUUUUGACAAGGGUUUCCUUCAAGUAUAGCACCUCAAGAGGGGUGUCUGGGACGCCUACUUUCUACGUUAAUGGAUUUGUGCUGCCUGAUGCUGGCUCCCCACUAGAUUAUAUUGGAUGGAGAAAGGUCAUUGAUCCAUUGGUUGGCACAAAGGCUUCCAAGAUUGAGGAUUUAGGGCAUUUCUUCUCAUGAGUAUUCAUUCAGCUGUCCAAGAUGCUAAGAUAGCUGGUGUUUACUUGGUGUUAGAUGACAACAGAGAAAACAAAACCAGCUUGAGAGUGGCUGGAUGUUUUUUCUUUUUGUGUGAUAAUAGCCUCUCAAUAAUGGUUAUGAAACUAUGUUGUUAAUAUGUAGGUGUUAAAUUUGGAAAAGCUACUGUACUAGCAAUCUAGCAUGUGAUUAAGCUUUAAAUAUGCAAUUGGAGUGCGCCAAAUCUCCUCUUCAA